AUGCUACUCAAUGCCAACAUCGUCUUCCAGGAAAUCCAAGAAGCAACAGCCUCAGAACCCUUAACGCUAGAAGAAGAAUAUUCGAUGCAACGCAGCUGGCGCCAAGAUGCCGACAAACUAACUUUUAUCGUCUGUCGGGCGAUCACAACAGACAUUGAAGACGAUCUCCCGAGCCAGGCAAAGCUGCAAACGGAAAGUGACUUGCCGGCUAAUAUGGUUGGUGAUAUCAACCUCUUUCUGCGUAUCGACGACGGCGAGGAGGGUGAUAGCCCGCCGCAAAUAGUCGGCGAGGUCGAGCUCAUGAUCGCUGAGACAGUCAACCAGCGACGCGGAUUUGGACGUGCUGCGCUACUCAUGUUUAUGCGGUACAUUGUUCAGAACCAGGGGGCUAUUCUGGAAGAGUUCGUUGGUGGUGUUGAUAUCGAGACUGUACGAAAAUUGCGGACUGGUGUUAAGACAACGGGGUCAUCAAAUGGGUUGACGUUGGAGUAUCUCAGUGUAAAGAUUGGACAGGCGAAUUUGAGGAGUUUGGCUUUGUUUGAAGGGCUUGGGUUUGAGAAGGUUUCCGCUGAGGCGAACUUCUUUGGGGAGUUCGAGCUACGCAAAACGGAUUUCAGUCUAGGUGGUAUUAUUGCGGCGCUUGAGGGGGCAAAGGUGCACGGCUUUAUUGCUUUGCCUUAUGAGAGAACGGAAUAG